GGUGACAGUUUUGUGACCAAUUUGUGACAGUAGGUACAAGUACCUAUGUUACUGACGAACACUAAUGUGUGAAUCCGGGUAAAUAAUAUUUUUGAAAAUGAAUAAAUUACCAGUGACGUAUACAAGAACUCGAGAUCUAUUUAAUAUUAGUUCCAGUUUUACAUUAUAUAAAAUUAUUCGUUUUAUUUCCGUUAAAGCUGUGGAUAAGACGAUAGAAGAGUGCUGUAAGCUGCUGGAAAUACCUGUUGACUCUAAACAGAUCAUCGCCCGCCAGGCGUUUCUGAAGCUAGCUAAGAAGUUUCACCCGGACUCUGGUUCCCCUGAAGCAGAUAUUGAUAAAUUUGUAGCCAUUGAAAAUGCUUAUAGAAUAAUUACUAAACAUAACACAGGCACCAGCAGUAGUGAAGAUGUUGAGAAAAUUGUUUACGACAUCAGGCACACAGCACCACAGCAUCGUCAGUACCUCAGCUACGAAGGUGUUGGUCAUGGCACUCCUUAUCAAAGAUCCAAACAGUGGUCCCAAGCCAGAGCUCAGAGGGCUUCGGAAAAUGUCAUGGAGUACCGAAUGGCUAAAACCAUUGCUACAGACAAAACUCUCAUGAAGAAAGGACAGUAUGGACAGAAACAUGACAUAAAAACAAAGUAUGGUUUUGAUAGACUAGUUGAAGAUCUGAUUCAAGAGUCGAUGUCUAAAGGGGAAUUCGAAAAAUUGAGUGGAAUAGGAAAGCCAUUAAAAAACCAAAAUAUGAACCCUUAUGUUGAUUUCACAACUCAUAAAUUGAAUGAGGUUUUAAUAAAUAAUGGUUUCACUCCCGAAUGGAUAACAAUGAGUAAGGACAUUGACCAAGACAUUGAGGCGUUGAGAAAAGAAAUAAUAAACGAUAGAAAGUACCUUGGGCCUUACCCUCUCAGCCCGGAGGACGAGAAAAAAUGGGAACGUAUAUACGAAAGCAAUAAAGAAUUGGCACAAUCUGUAAAUUGUAAAAUUAAUAAGUUCAAUCUAAUAGUUCCUUUGAUGAGUAAACAGAAAUUUCACAUACAUUUUGAGGAGAUGUGUGACGAUAUUCUGAAGAAUGGCCCACAUUCUGUGGAAAGGCCUUCUACUAACCAAGUUCAUGAGGAAACACAAGUCACACCUGUCAAUGACACAGGGGAGGAUUUAGUAGGAGUCUUAGCCAAAGCUAUAGGAGAACUGUUUAGUUUUAAAAAGAAGAAGAAUUAUGAUUAAAUAUAAAUCUAGUCUUCGGCUUACUAGUAGCAUUACUGAAGCUUCCAGCCCGGUACUGCACUUAUCUAUCCUUUUCUGUUACUCAAAACCAUAAUUUUCUAGAGCAAGAUUAUGUACUUUGUCACGAUAGGAUAAAAGCAUAGACAAGUGCGAUGGGAUGCGGCCAGAUUCAACCCUUAGGACCGAAUAAAAUCCAUAUCUUUGAAAUGUAAAGGUAAGAUUAAGGGUCUAAGCACAUUUGAAAGCACCUCAUCGAGAGAGCGCGCUUACACACGCUAUC